AUGAAAAGAUUAAAAGCUAAGAAAGAAGAUCAGAAGAAGCUAGAUCCAAAUUUUACUGAUAUUCAAAUUCAAAGAUCACCUGAAAAGAAAAAAAGUAAUCCGAAUACAACUGUUAAUCCAAUCCCAUUGAAGCGAUUAGUCGAAGAUGUAAAUCCAAAUGAAGCUAAGGUAGUCUCAAAUGCCAACCUACCGGCCAAUACAACAUCAUAUUUUAUGCAAAAUUUUUUGAAGGCUAAGAAAGAAGAAACGAAACAAGUAAAAGAGUAUCAACAAAAAAUGAGUUCGAGAGUACAUAGUUUUGCUGGAGCUAACCUUUCAAAAAAAUAUCAAUCAAUCAUUGUCGAAGAACUUGAAGAAUACUCUCGUUUUAACAUUUCAAAGCGUUAUUUACCUAAGGAAGAAGUUAGUAAAUGUCUGCAUAACAUCAAAAUCCUUAGACUAAAUAAAUUAUUCGCUAAAAUACGACCACCUAAAUUCUCCGAACCUGAUUAUGCCAACUGGGCUGUUACUGGAAUCAUAUGCUCCAAGGAAGAUAUAAAACUUACAUCAUCAAAAACGCCAGUAAAAUUUUUUAAAUUUACUAUAACAAAUUUUCAACAUACUUUGGAUAUCUUUAUUUUUGGUGCAGCUGGUGUGGAGAAAUAUUAUAACCUAAGGGUUGGAGAUAUUAUUUUUAUACUAAAUCCUGAAGUUCUACCGUGGAGACCAGAAUUCAAAGGAAAUUCAAUUAAAUCUUUUAAUUUAAGAAUUUCCCAUAAAUUCGAUUGUAUUUUAGAAAUUGCUAGGAGUAAAGAUAUAGCUUGGUGCCAGCAGAUUAACAGAAAAACAGGAGCAAAAUGUAACACGCCCAUAAAUAAGUCAAAACAGGAUGUUUGUGAUUAUCACAAAGAGAUGCAAUUUAGAAGUGCCAAUGCAAAACGUGUGGAACUAAGUGGCACCUAUGCUUUAGGCGCACCAACACAAAUUGAUUCAAGACCAGCGUUAUACAGAAGUAAGAAUACUUCGAACCUGAAGCCGGGAAACAAUUUUAAUAUUGUAGCUGAUAGAAGAUACAUGAAAAAAAAAGAAAAUGAUCCAAUAAAUUCAAAGAGGCAUCAUUUCAGUUCCUCGAAUUCUGCCAAGGCAUUUUUUGAUGAGGAUUUCCAGAACCCUGAUAUGCUUGUCAAUUUGGAGAAUAAGAGGAGGAAAAUAAAGGACGAUAAAAGAGACGUUAUGCUUCAGAGAGCUCUUCGAGAAUCUGUUGGUAAUUCUAAAUUGUUACUGAAAGAUAAAUCGAAUCAAGAAAUCCAGAGUAUGAGAAAUACUACCGAUGCGACUUUACAAAAUGGGUUUAUUCAAAAACUAGGGUUCGACCCUACCGGCGGUCAAAUAAAAGUAGUUCUUGAGAAAUCUGCUGAUAAGAGCACUCAAAGUAAACUUCAAAAACAGAAAAGCAAUGCCAUGGAAAAUUUGGUUACUUUUAAAAAAUCCUCCGUCAAUUUAAAACCUUCUAGGGAGGUAUUAUUGGAGAAAUUGCACCACAGAGAACAAAGUUUUGCGCAAUAUAAGAAAAGUAUCAUUGCUGCAGAAAAUAGAGAUAGAAAAAGUGCAUCUACUAAAAAUGAUACUGAUAGUGAUGAUCUAGAAAUCAUAUAG